UAAGAGCGCACUGUCAUGGAAGCACCCAAAGAGUCAAACAGCAUAUUCCCAUCCCUUAUCACAGAAUCACAGAUCACAGAUCCUUCUGCUCUUACUUACUCUUACCCUCCGGUUCUCAGUUCUCACAAAGAUAGCAUUAGCAUUCAUUCAAUUCUCUCUAAUUAAAGAAAUGGCGGAAGGAGCUCUGUUCGGCGUUGCUAAGGGAAUCAUCGGGAUAGCGGGCAACCUAGCACUCCCAGAGGUUGCGCUUAUCUGGGGUGUCAAAGACGAGAUCAACAAACUCAAGGAGACAGUUUCCACUAUCAAAGCUGUCCUUAUGGAUGCAGAGGCGAAGCAACACAACAGUGAAGCGAUCAAACUGUGGCUGCAAAGGCUUAAGGACGCCAUGUUUGAUGCGGAUGACUUACUGGAUGAAAUCUCCACUGAGGCCUUGCGACAGGAAGUGAUUACCCGUGACAAGAAGGCCAAAGAGGUACGCAUCUUCUUUUCCAAAUCUAACCAGCUUGCAUAUGGUGUUAGAAUGGGUCAUAAGGUUAAGGAGAUGAGGGAGAGGCUAGUUGCUAUAGCUGCGGACAGGCAGUUUCAGUUGGAAGAAUGUUGUGAGGAGAGACAAGCCAGGUAUAAGGCAAGAAGGGAGACUCAUUCUCUUUCACAUGCUGAAGCAGUUAUAGGGAGGGAGGAUGAUAAGGAGGCUAUUAUUGGAUCUCUGUUGGAUCCCAAUGCUAAAGAGAAUGUUUCGGUCCUUGCGAUAGUUGGUAUCGGAGGACUAGGAAAGACCACAUUAGCUGGACUUGUCUUCCGUGAUGAAGAACAAAUCAAGAAACAUUUUGAGCUAAAAGUGUGGGUGUGUGUCUCUGAUAAUUUUGAUGUGAAGAUAAUUGUUGAGAAAAUCUUGGAGGGUGUAACAAGUAAGAAACUAGAAAACCUUCAAAUGGACACGCUAGUCACUUAUCUCCAAAAAGAAAUUAAUGGAAAAAGAUACUUGAUUGUGUUGGAUGAUGUGUGGAACGAGGAUCGUGAAAAAUGGAAUGAAUUGCAAAAAAUUUUAAUGGGUGGUGCAAUAGGCAGUAGAAUUUUAGUAACUACACGUACUGAAUUUGUGGCAAAGAUUACACAACCUAUGCAACUGCAUGUGUUAAAGGGUUUAGAUAAACAACAUGCUUGGUCUUUAUUUAAGAAGAUGGCGUUUGAAGAGGGGAAAGAGCCGAAGAAUGAAAGCUUUGUAAAAAUUGCGAAUGAUAUUUUAAAAAAAUGUGUAGGGGUUCCACUUGCAAUAAGAACAAUAGGAGGUCUGUUGUAUUUUAAAAAAUCCGAAAUUGAGUGGUUAUUAUUUGAAAAAAAUAAACUUUCGAAAAUACGUCAAAAUGAAAGUGACAUUUUACCGACAUUAAUGUUGAGUUACUAUCAUCUCACCCCACACUUGAAGCAAUGCUUUGCUUAUUGUAGUCUAUUUCCAAAGGAUUACAAGAUUGACAAGUCAAGUUUGAUUAAUAUGUGGAUGGCGCAAGGUUUCAUCUUGUAUGAAGAAAAUCAAUGUCCAAAAGAUGUUGGUGAUGAGUAUUUUAUGGAUUUAUUUUGGAGAUCAUUCUUUCAUGAAGUUGAAAAAGAUGAACUUGGCAAUAUUUCAAAAUUCAAGAUACAUGAUCUCAUGCAUGAUUUAGCAAUACAAGUAAUAGGAUCAGAUUGCACCACCAUUAAUUCAAAAGUGAAAGUCAUUAAAGAGAAAACUCGUCAUGUGUCAUUUGAAAAUAGAUUGUACUCAUCAUCGGAAAUUCCGAUCUCAUUAUUUCACACGCUUGCUGGAUUUGCAUAA